AUGACAGGAUUUGUGUUUUGCUGCGCGAUGUACAUGGACAGAACGAGCCUGACCCGGGGUGCCUCCUCCUCCUCCAGUCCCAGGUUGCUGACCAAGUCUCUCUCCCUGGAGCCUCCCUGUUCUCCCUGCGGCCACCAGGAGGCGCUGGAGGCUGACGCUCCGCAGCAGCUGAGCUCCGACCCGGGCCCCAGCUCCGGCCCCGCCUCGCUGGAGGGGGCGGAGCCUCUGGAGCGCCGCGGCUCGGCCGGCGAGCUGCAGGUCAACGACACGGGACCGCCAGAGCUGCCGGCUACGACGAUAACACCACCGAGCAAGAGCAGGCCGCCGCUGCCCGGCCCCAAACCCCAGGUCCCCCCGAAGCCCCCCCACCUCCAGCUGCAGGCGGGGGGGUCGAGGCCACGCCCCCGGGCCCCAGACAAACCCCUCCCCCCUCCCCCGCCGUGCCGGCCUCUCCCGGCCGAUCCCCGGGGCGGGCGGACCCCGCCCACCCUGCCCCCCCGCGCCGACGGGACGUCCUCGCCCACCUGCGUCCUGUCACUCAUCGAGAAAUUUGAACGAGAGCAGAUCAUUGUAGUUCCUGACAUCACCGGGGGGGCCCUGUGCCUCCCACCCCCUCGCCUGCCCGACCCCCCUUCCUCCUCUUCCUCCUCCUCACCACCUUCAUCACCACCGCCGUCAUCAUCGUCGCCGACCUCGGCCCCGCCCACCGCCACCGCCGACACCCCCAGCGAGGCCAAAGCUCACGAAGCCGAUGACAUCACACCGGCGGGUGAGGAUGAGGACGGCGAAGAGGAGGUGCUGCAUGACGAUGACGAAGAUGAUGAUGAUGAUGAUGAUGAUGAUGAUGAUGAAGACGAGGAGCUGGCGGCGUGCGGCGCCGACCUGCAGCAGAAGCGUCUCUCCAUGGAGUCGGGCUACAGCGCCUCAGAGAAACACCUGGACGACGAGGCGGUCGCCGUGGAGCUGAGGGAGCCGCCGGCGCCGCAGCCGCUGCCGCUCGACAGCCAAUCAGAGCUCCCGUCCGAGCGGCUGUCCCUCCCCUCCUCGCAGACGGACGGGAAGCUGGCCAAUCGGGACAGCGGGAUCGACAGCAUCAGCUCGCCGUCGCACAGCGAGGAGCUCUGCUUCGCCGGCGUGGAUGACGGGGGCGUGGCCUACCCCUGCAGCCCCGCUCUGCCCCGCCUCUCCAGCUCCUCCUCCUACGCCGGGGAGGGAGGGGAGGGGGAGGCGGAGGCGGGGGCGGGGGCCCGUGGCGGCAGGAGGAGGAGGAGGAGGGAUCUGUCCGAGGAGGGAGACAGCGAGCUGGAGGAGGAAGAGGAGGAGACGCAGCUCACAGUCAUACUUCCUGUCAAGACAGACAGACAGGACUCUGCUGAGCUGUCUGUCCAGCAGAGAGUUUUCAACAUUGCCAACGAGCUGCUGCACACAGAGAUCGCCUACGUCUCCAAACUGCACCUGCUGGACCAGGUUUUCUGUGCCAGGCUCCUGGAGGAGGCUCGCUCUCGCUCCUCGUUCCCCUGCGAUGUGGUUCAAGGAAUCUUCUCCAACAUUUGCUCCAUUUAUUGUUUCCACCAGCAGUUCCUGCUGCCGGCGCUGCAGAAACGCAUGGAGGAGUGGGACUCGAACCCGCGGAUCGGGGACAUCCUGCAGAAGCUGGCUCCCUUCCUGAAGAUGUACGGAGAGUACGUGAAGAACUUCGACAGAGCCAUGGAGCUGCUGACCGUCUGGAUGGAACGCUCCGCCCCCUUCAAGAGCAUCAUCCAGGAGACCCAGAGGGAGGAGCGCUGUGGGAACCUGACCCUGCAGCACCACAUGCUCGAGCCGGUGCAGAGGAUCCCUCGCUACGAACUGCUGCUCAAAGACUACCUGCACCGCCUCCCACAGGACGCCCCGGACCACCCCGACGCCCAGAAGUCUCUUGAACUCAUCGCCACAGCAGCUGAGCACUCCAACGCCGCCAUCAGGAAGAUGGAGAGGAUGAGGAAGCUGUUGAAGGUGUAUGAGUUGUUGGGAGGAGAAGAAGACAUCGUUAACCCGACUAACGAGCUCAUUAAGGAGGGUCACAUCCUCAAACUGUCCAAUAAGAACGGCACGUCGCAGGACAGAUACCUCAUCCUGUUUAAUGACAGGUUGCUGUACUGCGUCCCAAAGUUGCGUCUGAUUGGUCAGAAGUUUGGCGUGCGGGCUCGCAUUGAUGUGGACGGUAUGGAGCUGAAGGAGACCAGCAGUGUUGCUGUUCCCAGAACCUUCCUGGUGUCUGGAAAACAGAGAUCCCUGGAGCUGCAGGCCAGGACUGAGGAGGAGAAAAAAGACUGGAUCCAGGCCAUCCAGGCCACCAUCCAGCGGCACGAGCAGACGGUGGAGAGCUUCAGACAUCUGAACUGUUCAGCCCGGGACGACGAGAGCACCCCGCCUCACUCCCCGGUAACACACACACAUAAACACACAAACUAUAACUGUACUCAGAGCUGUGUGGAGCUGGGGAAGCGAGCUCCGACUCCGAUCAGGGAGAAGGAAGUGACUCUGUGUAUGAAAUGUCAGGAGCCGUUCAACUCCAUCACCAAGAGACGUCACCACUGUAAAGCCUGCGGACACGUGGUUUGUGGGAAAUGUUCAGAGUUUCGUGCUCGCCUGUCGUACGACAACAACCGGACCAACCGGGUGUGUAUCGACUGCUACGCCACGCUGGUGGGAGUCCUGCCCUCCCCCGCCACGCUGACCACCAGCAGCCAGAGGAGGCGCUCCAUCCUGGAGAAACAGGCCUCCCUGGCUGCAGAGAACAGUGUGAUUUGUAGUUUUCUUCACCACAUGGAGAAGGGCGGGGGGCGGGGCUGGCAGAAGGCGUGGUUCGUCGUCCCGGAGAACGAGCCACUGGUGCUGUACAUCUACGGAGCUCCGCAGGAUGUGAAGGCGCAGCGCAGCGUGCCUCUGAUUGGCUUUGAGGUUUCCCUGCCCGAGUCAUGUGACCGCCUGGAGCGACGCCAUGCCUUCAAGAUCUCCCAGAGUCACCUGACGCUCUACUUCAGCGCCGAGGGGGAGGAGCUACAGCGGCGCUGGAUGGACGUCCUAUCACGUGCCGGCAGGGGGGAGGAGUUACAGGUCCACGGACCAAUAGUUGAGAGCCUGGAGGAGGAGGGGGAGGAGCUCGGGGAGAACACAUGAUUUUAUUAGAGGAGAAGUGAAGACGGAGGGCGGGGUCUUCACAUGUCAAUCAAAUGUCAAUGAAUUCCUGUUGGACCGUUUAGGAAACACAAACAGCACAUGCAGUAGUAGCUAGCGCACACACACUCACACACACACACACACACACACACACUCACACGUACACACACACACACACACACACAGCUCUGUGUAUUUAGUGUU